UGCGUUUUCCUGCAUCCCAAAUAGAAUGGCCAUCCCUUCACACAAGCUGUUUUUAGUUUUCAUGUCUCUUUUGCUUGUCUUCCUUUUCCUCUCUCCACGCUCUUCUUUUUCCCAUCCAUUACUCUCGACCAGGUGUCUUUCCCAUGAAUCCCAGGCUCUCCUUCGUUUCAAAGAUGCCCUUUAUAUUUCCUUCAAUCUGAGUUCGUGGGUGAAUGGAACAGACUGUUGCACCAACUGGACAGGCAUCUCCUGUGACAAUCACACCAACCACGUUGUCUCUCUUGACAUACGCUAUCUCGGUGCCGAAGGCGUGAUAUCUGAGAGCCUGUGCCAACUUCGUUUUCUCACAUCACUGAGAUUAUCACUUACACCACUUACAUCAGACGGAGGACCUGGUACUAUAAAGGGGCACAUCUAUAAAAGGACUAUAAUUUUGCUAAGGAAGGCUUUUUGGUGUAUUCUCCUUAUUGAAGACAAAAACAAAAACAAUGGUGGCUUCAUCAAGCAUAUUAUUGUAUAUAGUUUAAUUGUUAUGCUAAAUCCAUAUAAAAAUUAUGUUUCCAUGGAUGAAGGACCCGACACUAUAAAAAGGAUACAUCUAUAAAAGAUAUGUGUACUAGACUUUUUUUUGCGAAAGAAGGCUUUUUGGUGCACUCUCCUUAUUGAAGACAAAAACAUAUUAUUGGUGGUUUCACCCAACAUAUUGUUGUAUAUAGUUUAAUUAUUAUGCUAAAUCAAGAUAAAAAUUGUGUUUCCAUAGAUGAAGGACCUAACACUAUAAAGGGAUACAUCUAUAAAA